AUGCCGUACGAGGAGGGGCUGGUGCCCCCUCUGAUGGUAAAAGAGGUGGUAAGGGAUAGCGAGGCAUCCAAGUACAUGAUAAUACUUGCAUGCGACUCAAACGCACAUCACACAGUCUGGGGCAGCUCAGAUGUCAACGACAGAGAAUUGAAGCUAAAUUCCGGCCACAAUGUUGCCUUCCCCACCAGAGAGGAAUGGGAAAGGGACGAGGUGGACAGGAACCCAGGAAUUAGCAUCUACACGGAUGAUUCCAAACUAGAUAAUCGAGUGGGAGGUGGUGUCUUUUGCGCAACUUUAGACACCAAAAUAGCCUUCCGCUUACCAGACCACUGCAGUGUUUUCCAGGCGGAGAUCACAGCAAUCAAAGAAAGCCUUGUUGUAUUGACAAAAAGUGUGCUCACAACAAGGAACAUAUAUAUUUAUACGGAUAGCCAAGCGGCCUUGAAAUCACUCAAGUCUCCUAUGGUCUCAUCAAAGAUAGUGAAAGAAUGUCUUAAUCUAUUAGAGGAUCUAACAUUCUACUUCACGAUAAACCUGCAAUGGGUUCCAGGGCAUAGUGAUAUCCCUGGAAACUGCAAAGCAGAUGAACUAGCCAGAACAGGCACCGAGUUACAAUUAACCCCUGAAAAAGGGGAAAUUUUUAUACCCCUGGCAACUUGUAAGCACUUAAUCAACGAACAUGCUAUAAAUAUAGCAGAGUCUCGGUGAAGACAAUCCAUAACCUGCUCCACUAGCAGACUAACGUGGCAGGAAUGGAGGCUUUUUAAGCCUGUGUAA